AUGACAUUUUCUCUGGUUGGUAAGAGCGUACUUUAUACACAGCAGGAAGCAAGUGAUCUACUCAAUACGAAUAUAAUGUUCAAUAGUUCAUCAUCAGUUCAAUGUACGAUGUUCUGUAGUCUCACAAUUCCUCAAUGUCGUACUUUCGCGUUCGAUUCAUCAAUAUUGCAAUGCCAACUAUUCGCAAGUGAUAUGACUACUGGUAACGUAAUUUAUUCGCCGUCGUCACCAAAUUCUCUUGUAGGUACCGUCCAACUUGCGUCGGAUAUGUUCACAGAUUAUGGACAACCUUGUUAUCAAAACAAGGAUAAUAGUUUUUGA